UCAAUUUGAACCAGACUUGACUGACCGUGCCAGUUUUCAAUCAGCCGGUGUGCGCAACACACUUAAGAAGGUCAGCUGUUACGUGUGUGAUCUGAAAAUGUUGCUGAAACUCAUCCCCGUUCUGCUAUUAAGCACCCUGGCAUGGCACCAGACGGACUCUUCCCGUAUUCUGGGAGUGUUCGUGUUUCCCAGCCGCAGCCACUGGAUGAUGAUUGACUCCAUCUUGAACGGACUACUGGACCGAGGCCAUCAGGUCACGGUAAUCGCGAACCAUCCUUUGUCCAGGAAGCAUGAGAACUACACCGAUCUACGGGUGUCACCUAUCUACGACUUCUGGAAGAAAUCGGUCAAGGUGGACUCCCUGUACGACCUGACGGAGAUUUCCAUCCACCAGAUGUUGAUGAAUUUCCUGUACAGUUUGGGAUUGGAAACGGCGCAGCAUGGAUUUACGAGGGAUAAUAUUCGGGAGUUUAUUCGGUCCGAUGACAGCCACUUUGAUCUGAUUCUGGCCGAACAGUUCUACCAGGAGGCGUACCUGAUGUUAGCUCACAAGUACAAGGCUCCCAUUGUGACUGUUGGUACAUUCGGAUUCGCACAUUACAUGGGUCCGUUGAUGGGUAUGAUGAAUAUGUACUCCCAUGUCCCUCACGAGUUCCUGCCGUUCAUGGAUAAGAUGAGCUUCCCACAGCGAAUUUACAACACAGGAGUAUCAUUGUAUGAACAAUUCUUAAGAACUAUCUACUAUCUGCCCAGACAGGAAGCAAUGGCAAAAGAGAACUUUGGCCAUUUGCCUGGUCCCCUGCCAAAAGUGGCCGAUCUGGAGCGUAAGGUUUCUGUUGUGCUGUUGAACAGCUAUUACCCUUUGACAACGGCACGAGCUCGAGUUCCCGGGAUGAUUCAGGUUGGAGGUCUCCACAUCAAAAACCCCAAGCCUCUGCCGGAGGACUUGCAGAAAUUUUUGGACGGAGCUGAUCAUGGAGCAAUCUAUUUUAGCUUGGGAACAAACUUGAAGAGUUCGGAUAUGCCUCAAGAUAAGUUGGAUGCCAUCCUGAAUGUGUUCCGAUCGAUGAAGCAGCGGAUUGUGUGGAAAUACGAGGACGAAUCGAUAAAGGGUCUCCCGAGUAACGUACUGAUCAAGUCGUGGAUGCCACAGAAUGAUAUCCUGGCCCAUCGGAACGUGAAAGUUUUCAUUACUCAUGGAGGAUUGCUAGGCACUCAGGAAGGUGUACACCGAGCGGUUCCCAUGCUGGGCAUUCCGAUCUAUGCCGAUCAGCAUUUGAAUAUGAAUAAGGCCGUGUUGGGCGGUUAUGCGGUCCGGUUGCAAUUCCCAAACAUCACCGAGACUUCGUUCCGGUGGGCUUUGGAUGAACUGUUGUAUAAACCAGAGUACAAGGAAAAUAUGAACAGGGUUUCUGCAGUGUUCCGGGAUCGCCCGGUGCCAGCUCUGGAGGAAGCGAUCUACUGGAUAGAGUACGUGAUUCGGCACAAGGGAGCACCACAGCUGCGGUCCGCUGGCUUGGACUUGCCGUGGGUUAGCUUUGCUUCGUUGGAUAUUGCGGCACUAGUGCUGGGGGUUUUGUUAUUGUGUGCGUGGAUUGUUCGAAAGUUGCUGAGAAUUAUCGUAAGCGAUAAGAAACGAAAGACCGACUAGGUUGCAAAUUCAACGUUUUAAUAGAUUCACCAGACUGAAUUCACACAUUGUUUUCAUAUUAUGGGAUUAUGACAAUUUUGUUUAGAUAAAAUUGACUCUUUAGCUUUACUUCAAGUUAUUUUGAAAUAAAUUGAACAUGUUAAGAUCGUUUA